GGGACGAAUCGCAAAGGAAGCAGAGGAGCGACUGGCACCGCACGGCACGGACGGACAAAUUAGAACAAAAGAGGGGAAAAGUAUAUUGUCAAGAAAGUGACGUUUUAUAAUUAUUUAUUUAGAAAAACUGAAACAUUAGACAAACAGUAGUGUUUUAAAACUAUCUCGAUGAGAUGCUGUUUCGUUUCGCCUAAAACAACUCUAAUCCAGCAAUCAUAACCCAGAAGAAUAAUUUGAGUUGGUAAAAGUCUCAGGAAAAGUACACAAUGGCGAAAUCUAAGAACUUUGGAAUCGACGCGCUGUUGGCGCACCGGGUGUACCGAGACAGCUCCCCGGGACUGUGUUCUGAGGACAACCCAUUCUCGUGCCGCCGGUCGGAGACCCCAUCCCAGCGGAGGACCACCAGCGGUAUCCACAUUCAGACCGGGAUUAUCCCCAAACCGGGUCUAUUGAAUUUCUCUCACCAGGGACUGACCCAGCUGUCUCAGGGGACCAUCCCUGGAAUGUAUCCCACCCACAUGUACCCCGUCGCGGCUCUGAGUGGCCAGCACACAGCCUUCGCCUAUCCCAGUUUCGCCCAGCCGUACCCAGAGCACCUAAGGGCAGCAGUUAUGGCUGGGUUUCCUCUAGAACACUGGAUUAGAGCUGGAAUGAUGAUGCCAAGACUCGGAGACUAUGGUGUCUCCUCUCAGGCCAGUCUGAUGGGGAAGUGUCGUAGGCCCAGAACAGCCUUCACCAGUCAACAGCUACUACACCUGGAAAACCAGUUCAAACUCAACAAAUACCUGUCCAGACCUAAACGCUUUGAGGUGGCCACCUCUCUCGUGCUCACAGAGACACAGGUGAAGAUCUGGUUCCAGAACAGGCGGAUGAAGUGGAAACGGAGCCGCAAGGCCAAGGAGCAGGCAAUCAAGGGCCAAGGUGACUCCGACUGUCCCCACGGGGGGAAGCAGGGCAGCAAUACCGGGUCUGGAGACACCCGUAACUCUGGUACCCGGGACGAUGAAGAUGAGGAGGAUCUGGAAGCAGGGGAAGAAGAAGAUGAUGUGUUAAGUGCUGAUACCGUAGGAGCUGUAGUGGGUUUACUGUCUCGCCCUACACAUUUUCUGAGGCACACUGCGACAGAGCUCAGCUAUAGUUCUCAUGGUUCCUACUCAGACAAUGAACUAGAGGACAGUGGGCCUUGACUGGAGAGAAGGGUUGGGGUGGGGUUAUGAGGACAGUGGGC